AUGGAAAGCACUGAGCUCGGGUCACUUGGAGAGAGCCUGCUGCAAUGGGUCAAUACAUUCGAGGAAGGAGGCAAUAGCGAACGCUGGGAGAACUUGAGUGACGGCAGGAGGCUAUGGAGAAUACUACGGGAGGUCGACAAAGACCACUUUUCAGAAGACCUACCAGAACCGGAUGUUGGACCAGGGAGUGACUGGACCAGGAAAUGGCAGAACCUCAAGCACAUCGAGCGGCAGCUUUCGACAUACUAUCGAGACGUCUGCAAUGGGCAAGAGGGGAUUGCAUCUGACUUCGUGCCGGACUUGAAGGCAGCGGCAGCUGAGACGAAUGUAAGGGAACUGGAGAAGCUGAUCAUGAUCAUGAUUCGUGCUGCUAUGGCCUCGCCUGAAGCGAAUCAAAAGAUGGCGCAUAAGUUAAUGAGCCUUGGACGGGAAAAGGCGAUGUUGAUCGCCAACGAGCUGCGGAGCAUGCAAGAACACGAAUUUAGCGAAUCUGAGCCACCGAGCAGGGACGAGUCUGCAUAUCACUCGGAUGCUGAAGGGCCGAUCGAGCAUCAGAAGGCGAAUGGCAAUAGAGGUGGUGGUGCUUACAGUGAUCCACUACUCGAGCGUGAGGAGGAGCUCCUGCAGGCUCAGGUCACCAUUGACAAGUUGCAGGCGAAUCAAGCAGCGGCACAACAACAGCUGCAAGAACUGCGGCAGGACAAAGAUCGUCUUCAAGAAGCGUUCGAUGCUUACAGGACGGAGAUCAACAGCAAAGGACGGAAGAACAAUGAGGACGAUGGAUUGAAGAAGCUGCAGCGACAAGCCGAGAACGAUCGUGCUUACAUCGAUGACCUGGAGUCUCAAAUGCAGACCUCGCGAGGAAGCAUUGAGUCGUACGAGCGGCAGAUCGAGAAGCGUAGAGCAGAGGGUGAGGCCAGCCAGCAGCUUCGAGACGAUCUACAGAUGCUCAAGGCAGAGAACGAGGAGCUUAAUCAGAAAGUUCGAGCAAACGAGAACCUCAAAAAGAAGAUUCAGACUUUGCAAGAACAGGAGAAAGCUAAUCUCAAUUUACGAGAAGAACUCAAGGUGGCGACCGAGCGUCUGACUGAUCUGGACAGGCUGAAGCAGGUUCAAGCUAGUCUGGAGAAGGAGAUCAUCGAAAAGAAAGGUUUGAUAAGGAACCAGGAGUAUCAGAUUACUGAGGCGACGACUACACGAAAGCAUGCCGAGCACGAUGCGAGAGUGCUUGCGCAGAAGCUUGAAGCGGCUAGGGAGAGACAUGAUCGAGAUCAUGAAACCUUGGAGGAGCUGAGAGUGCGAUUGCAGGACAGUACCCUUGAUGCGGCGGUCCCAGCAGACACACCAGCUGAGCAAGUCAAGCAGCUUGUGGACCCUGAUGCUGCAGCGAAGAGGGCAAUGAUUGCAAAUGACGACCACAAGAAUGUGGCUGAGAAGCUAGCGAUGUUGGAACAGCAGCUCGAGGCUGCCGAUGCUCGACUCAAGCAGUCCUCACAACGCAAUGCAACACUAGAAGAAGAGAUGCAGAAGCGCGAGCAAGACGAAGAGGCACAGCGAAAGCUUGCCGAACAAGCAUCGAGGUACGAAAGCACGAUAGCAGAGCUACGACAAGAAGUCGAGGCCGCCGCUGCAGCUGCAAAAUCACAACCACAGAAAGACACUCCUGCUCGUGACCUAGCAGCUCUGCAGAAGGAGAAUAGGCUAAUGACGAGUGCCUGGUAUGAUCUCUCGAACAGGAUACAGCAGCAGGGUGUUUCGGUCGGAAGACGGAGAUAUGAGCCCAAGAGUUGGAUCGGGAAGCAGCGACAACUCGUUGGGCCGAGUGUUGGAUUAAAUCAGCGAUCGUAG